CGAAAGCGAAAGCGUCGCUGUUUCAGCACAAGCUUCCCAAAACACUCGCGCUGCUUCUCGUCUCCAAUUUCGCACCCUCGACUUCAUUUGAGCGACACAACGACGCCACGCGAGUCAAAUCUUGUCGCCCGAUGAUGAGGAAAGCGAAAGUGACGUCAUCGGCACCGUAGAGAAGGCGCGUGUUCCGGUUUGCUGUCAUUUGCCGUUCGGCCGUCGACGAGGAGUCGUCGUCACUUUGUGGACGAAAAGGAGCAAAACAUGGCGACGCUGAAGUUGUUUGUCUUGUUUGUCGCGGCUGCGCAAAUCCACAGCGUGACGCCCGUGCUUCACACGCUCAAGUAUUUCAUGACAGCAUCGUCUCAAAUUCCAAACAUCCCAGACUUCUCGGAGGUCGGUUAUGUUGACGACGUUCCGAUUUUGCGCUACGACAGCAAGAGCAGGAAAACAAAACCCAAACAGGACUGGAUGAACAAAAUCACAGCAGAUGAUCCUCACUACUGGGAGGGACAGACACAGAUCAGUAUUGGUAAUGAGCAGGUCAACAAAAUCAACAUCGAAACUGCCAAAGCGCGCUUCAACCAAACUGGAGGUGUUCACAUGAUCCAGGUGAUGUACGGCUGCGAAUGGGACGACGAGACCGAUGAGGUCGAUGGUUGGCAACACGACAGUUACGAUGGAGAAGCCUUCAUCUCGUUGGAGGUGAAGACAAUGAGAUGGAUCGCAGCUCACCCACAAGCUUUCGUCACCAAACUCAAGUGGGACAGUCACGAACUUUGGAAGCUAAACCUGAAGAACUACUACACUGAGAUUUGUCCUUCUUACUUGAAGAAGCAUGUGACCAAUGGGAGGGACUUCCUGAUGAGAACAGAGCUUCCCACGGUGUCUCUCCUCCAGAAGACGCCGUCCUCUCCGGUCACCUGCCACGCGACGGGUUUCUACCCCGGCGCGGCCGCCCUGUUUUGGAGGAAGGACGGCGAGGAGCUCCACGAGGACGUGGAGACGGGAGAGACCCUCCGCAACCACGACGGAACCUUCCAGACGACGGCCGACCUGAAAGCGGAGGUGACCGAUGAAGCCGAGGGCCGCUACGAAUGCGUGUUCCAGCUGUCCGGCGUGGCGGACGACAUCGUCGCCAAGCUGGAGAGGAGAAGCGUCCGGAGCAACGCGCGCAUCCGAGAGGAAGAAAAGAGGAAGAUGGCGCUGGCCGUCGCUGUCCCGCUGGCGGUCCUCGCUCUGGCGGCGGCGGCGGUCGCGGUCCUCGUCAAGCUUUACAAAAGCAGACGAGCCAAAUACGAUCCAGCUUCCGUCGACGCCGAUUCCGAGCCCGCUUCCGAGCCCGCCGCCCCGACGCCCGCUUCCGAGUGAGACGCAGCCGCCGUCGCACGGUGUCGGAACACGAGAGAGAUGUCUCCAUCGAGCGCUUUCUCAUCACACUUGGGCUUGAAAACAGAGAUGGGAUUUGUUCUUCACGCAGACAAUUUGUGCAAUUAAGAUGUUUCUGUUAAGUCACAGUUUUUGCUGGCUUUGGUGUCUUGGGUGAGACUCGUUGGAGUUGAUCGGGUUGCUUUCUUCUGUCCGUUAAGUUUGUCAGAAAUCGGCGCAGUCACACAAUGAGAGGAUUUCUUCUUUCGUUGUAUCAAGCACUUGAACAGCUACGAUGAAUUGCUAUCACAAUGUGUCGAUUGCCGGUUUGCCUCGCACUCCUUUUAUCAGUCCAAAAUGAUUUUAUAAUCCUGUUAUCGAUUCCAGGACCGCUUUUCACUUCAACAAACAACUCUGUCAAUUUGUACGUUGCUCAGAAUGGGACAAUGUCGUCGAUUGCAUUUGUUUUUGGAAUUCUGCAAUUCAAUAUAAAUCCUUGUAAAAUACUGGGAAAAAAGCGACUUUGUGAUUGAUUGACAAAUUUGCAUUGAUAAACCUUGCUAAUAAAAUGAGGAGAUUCAUCACA